UUGGAGUGGCAAAGAUAAGCUCUUUUAAUUGAACCUCCAAAUGUUGGGCAAAGCAGUAGUUCUUUUUGGGGUUCUUCUUGCGCUCUUUGCCAUUACUCAGUCCCAUGGGCAUAUCAAGAAUGGGCAAGGCAAAGAUUUCCGAGGAUACGUGGACGUGAAUGGGACUACGUUCUUCAUCGAUACUGCUGAAUAUUAUAGAGAUGAAGCGCAAGUAGCGUGCAACGCUUUAAACAUGACUUUGAUUACCUUUCAAGCUGAGGAAAAGUACAAUGUUGUUUACAACUGGCUCUAUAACAACGGCUAUGAAUUCAACUGGCUGUGGACCGGGGCACUGAGAGGGACAAACUCUUCCGUUUGGACUUGGGAACCAACUGGCGAGGAAUUCACAUACUUCCGAUGGGGUUCAAACCAACCAUCUAUAAACGACGACCGAUAUCCAUUAUGCAUCAAUUUUCGCGUGCUCUCCCUGGGAUGGGAUGACGACUACUGCAAUAAUGCUUUAAUAGGAUACAUUUGUCAAUAAUUUGAUUGUUUGAUUGCUAUUAAAAAGCUCAUUCAACUGAAAAAAUGCAGCCGAUCAUUCAAUCUCACAUUUAACUCUAAUCUAUUG